UCAGCUCCUUCUCCAUCUUCUUCCUCUUCCUCUUCCUCUUCUUCUCUCUCUCUCUUUCUUGAUCUCUGCAGCCUGGCGAUCUCUCCUCAGACCCAACGAGGAAUCGCCGCGAUCUGUCCCCCUCUCCGCUGCUCCAGCUCAGGUCCUGUCAUGAGCUGAUCGCGUCUCGCUGUUGGGUCGUUCUUCCGGCGGAGGAUUUUUGCGGGAUCUCGAAGCGGAGUGAAGUAAAGUUGUUCCGAAGUUUAAGCUAAAUCUCGUGCCUUUUUUGGGGGUUGAUGACGAAUACCGCGGCGACCGGCGCCGGGGCGGCCCUGGUGUUUCUGUGCUUGUCCGCGUCGUUGGCGGCGGCGGUGGUUUUGGGGACGAACUAUGUGCCCACCGAUAAGAUCCUGCUGAAUUGCGGGGCGGAUCUGCAGACCACCGAUACCGAUGGCCGGGUGUGGACCUCGGACAUCGGUUCCAAGUUCUCGUCUUCCACCGCGAACUCGAUCACGGCCGCGGCCGCCACGCAGGACCCCUCGGUGCCCCAAGUCCCGUACAUGACCGCGAGGAUCUUCCCGUCUAAUUUUACUUACAGUUUUCCCGUGGCAUCCGGUCGGAAGUUCGUCCGGUUGUACUUUUAUCCCUCUUCGUACAAUUCGUAUAAAGCGUCCAAUGCCAUAUUCUCUGUUUCUACUGGGGAUUAUACUCUUCUGAAGAACUUCAGUGUGGCCCAAACGAUGGAGGCUUUGAACUUUGCAUAUGUUUUGAAGGAGUACUCGGUCAAUGUUGAGAGGCAGACGCUGGACCAGUUGGUCGCAAAUUAAUGACCAAAAAAAAAAAUUCAUCAAAAA